AUGCCCCAAGCCAGGCUCUGCAGCUGCUGGGGUGGCCGGGUGCUGCCCCUGCUGCUGGCCUACGUCUGCUACCUGCUGCUUGGUGCCACUGUCUUCCAGCUGCUGGAGAAGCAGGCGGAGGCUCAGUCCAGGGACCAGUUCCAGUUUGAGAAGCUGCGCUUCCUGGAGAACUACACGUGCCUGGACCAGCGGGCCCUGGAGCAGUUUGUGCAGGUGAUCAUGGAAGCCUGGGUGAAGGGUGUGAACCCCAAAGGCAACUCCACCAACCCCAGCAACUGGGACUUCGGCAGCAGUUUCUUCUUUGCAGGCACAGUUGUCACCACCAUAGGAUACGGCAACCUGGCGCCCAGCACGGAGGCAGGCCAGGUCUUCUGUGUCUUCUAUGCCCUGGUGGGCAUCCCGCUCAACGUGGUCUUCCUCAACCACCUGGGUGCAGGCCUGCACGCCCACCUGGCCGCCCUCGAGAGGUGGGAGGAGCAGCCCAGGCGCUCCCAGCUGCUGCAGAUCCUGGGCCUGGCUCUGUUCCUGACCCUGGGGACGCUGGUCAUUCUCAUCUUCCCGCCAAUGGUCUUCAGCCACGUGGAGGGCUGGAGCUUCGGUGAAGGCUUCUACUUUGCCUUCAUCACUCUCAGCACCAUUGGCUUCGGGGACUAUGUUGUCGGUACAGACCCCAGCAAGCAUUACAUCUCGGUGUACCGGAGCCUGGCAGCCAUCUGGAUCCUCCUGGGCCUGGCCUGGCUGGCUCUGGUCCUCCCACUGGGUCCUCUGCUUCUGCACAGGUGCUCCCAGCUCUGGCUACUCAGCAGGGGACUUGGCCUCAAGGAAGGGGGAGCCCCCGAGAUGGAAGGGGUCCCCAGGCCUCAGAAGACCCCUAUCUCUGCAUGAGGCCUCCAGCAACCCCAGGAGCCCCUCCUGCUUCCCCUACCCCUUCUAGACUUCUAUAUGCCUUCUAGACUUCCUGUUCAAGAUCCUCCCCCUCCCCUUCCCAGCCAGGGUUGAUCUCAGGAUCUCUCCAGAGAGUAAAGGAGACAGGAAUGUUCAAGCAAGUAACUGAAAGGAGAUGUAGGACAGGAUGAGAGACAUGUGUGGAGUGAGAUGCACGCUGUUGUCCCAAAGCCCCUCCCCCAAAUGUGACCUGGAAAAGUUGAAUCCAGACAUGGAUCACCGUAGCCAAAUCUCCAUCAUGGCCUCCCCGCAUUCCCCCCAACCCAGGAGACUUUAUGCAGUACAGUAAACAUAGGUUGACUUUAUUUUUACCUCAUUUGA